AUGGCUAAUAAAACUUAUGGAGACAUCAGAGGAAUUGGGAAAAUCAAAAUUCAGAAUCCAGAUGGUUCUGAGGUGAUACUCAGGGAUGUUAGAGAGAUCAGGUUGCAGAAUGAAGAGAACAAUUCUGGAGUUGAGAAAGAAACCAGACAGGAAAAGUCAAAGCAUGUGACUUUUGGUCAGAAUCUGGUUCAGGAAGCAACUCCUAAUGGUUUUGAGAAAGAUGAUUCAUCAGCUCAAGGUGGAGAUUCUAAGGAAAUUGAAUCUAAAGAGAGCAAUGAAGAAUAUGGGAUAAAAGAGCUUCAGUUCUCGCUAGCGCGCAGAACGAAGCUUCGGAAGUUUGGCCGCGCGCGGAGGAGUUCCCGACGUCCAAAAGUUACGAUCUUGAUAUGGAAAGAUAGAUACUUGAGUCAUGCAUCACGUCGAAGUGGAAUGAAGCCAUUUGGAUCAACUAUGAGGCCUAGACUUAUUUUCUACCGAGACAUGUCCGGUAAGCGAGUAAACGAAGCCCAUGGAGGAUUUGGAGUGUCUAAUGGCCCGAGCAGCAGCGCCAAAGGCCUUGAUCGAAUAGAGAAGAGGCCUGGCUAA